AUGAUCGCCGGCCUUUUCGGGUUGGGUCUGGUCUUGCUUCCGACAGUUGACGACUACAACGUGGAUGCUCCUUCUGAUCCCGUGGCGUUUUGGAAAGGGGCCUUUGGUUGGGCGUUGUCAGCUCUCGCAGGGCUAUGGAUGGCCCUUGCGCUUGUCGGAUACAGAUCGCUAAAGGAGAAAGUUGGCGUUGGAACGGCCCUUUUCACCGUCAGCUGGACUGGUUGCCUCCUUUCCCCUGCUACACUGGCUCUUCUCCAGGAGGGGUGGUCCUGGCCCAUGAGUCCCCAAGCUUGGGGUCUAAUCGUGGGACUAGUCGCUUGCUCCGUUGCCGCUUUCUUAGGAAUGACCCAUGCACUCACUCGUCUGCAUCCAGCCGUAGUUUCAGCUUCGCAAAGUGUUGAGUUGCCACUCGCCAUGCUCCUCUAUCUUGCCAUCUUGCCAGAACCACCUUCCGCACUUGAAAUAAUUGGGAAUGUUUUUGUUUUGAUAAGUGUGAGCUGGAUGGUGGCCAUGAAGCUGCUGCCGUCACGAGUUGCGCCCAGGCGCCAGAGAGAGGAGUAUGAAGAGAUCCUGGAUUCUCCCAUUAAAUAG